CAAAUUAGGUUUGUGAGAUCGAUAAAAGAGAACGUGCAUGUGUAUAAUAACGUGAAAAAUGUGAGAUACAUUCGUUAAUAAAGUAUUUUUAAACAUAUUUAAAAUAUAAAAUAUCAGCAUACAUUAAUACACAGAUACACAUACGUACACACACAUUCUUAAAAAAUAAUAAUUGCAAAAAAUAUCAAAUCGUCUCUGGGUUAUAAACACUUUGCUUAGUAUUUCGCAACGUGUUCUAAAAAUUGUUUUUCAAAUUCUUUAAUCCCAGUGGUAACAUAUACAUUCAUUAAAACCUUAUUUAAUUAUUUACGGAUUGGGAAUAAAAACGAUUAAUUUUGAAAAUGGAAAUAAUAAUUAAUCGUGGGCUGAGAUUAGCCACGACAUUGUUCAAGUCUAAUUCAUCAUUUUUAAUUAACAAUGGAUUUUUAUCAGCUCGUUGUUUAUGCUGCUGCACAGAUCCAAAAUUAUGGAUGUUUAAGAGCAAUGAAAAUAAUGCUCGUUACAGGACUGCAUUACGUAGUUACUUUUUAUUCUCACACGAUAACUUUGUAUGCCAAAGAAACUUCAAAGUUAAUAGACAUGAUAUUAUCUUUGCGUACUCCAAUGAUUCCCAGAAACAAUCUAACGAUGAAACUAAUAUACCAUUACCUGACAAAAAAUUAUCCAUAUUUCAAAAGAUGAAACAAUUGACCAAAGAUUAUUGGUAUAUAUUAGUGCCAGUACACAUAGUUACCUCAAUGGGUUGGGUUGCAAUAUUUUAUGUCACUGUUAAAAACGGUGUAGAUGUAAUUUCUAUAAUGGAACAUUUAAAUUUAAGCGAAAAGUAUUUAGAAAUGUUACGCAAUUCGGGUGCUGGUAAUUGGGCUAUUAUUUAUGCCCUUUACAAAAUAUGUACACCUGCCAGAUAUGCCAUUACCAUAGGUGGAACAACUAUGUCGAUUAGAUAUCUUAAUAGAUUAGGAUAUCUCAAAGCAUCAUCUUUCAAAAAGGCAGCAACAACCUCUGCGGACGAAACUCUACGUAGAACAGUCGGGAAAAUGUACGGCAAAGCACAAACCCGAAUUUAAAACAGAAAAACAAACAGAACCACCGAAAACAUAAUAUUGUUAUUGUAUUUCAAAAAAUAAUGUGUAUCUCGAUACGCAAACUAGAUACUUUUACGUUUCCAAAUCCUUUAAACGUGGCUUAUUAUUAACGUAAUAUUGAUUUCUUGUAAAUGUUAAUCAUUUAUAAUGUUAUAAUAAAGUCUCGGAUAAAUAUGUACAGAUAUACAUAUACAUGUA